AUGGUCACUAUGCAUGGUCUUAUUGCGCAUGUUCUUUCAGCGGCUGCGAUAGCAUCUUCUUCAGUCCUUGCCGCAAAUUGCAAAAUUUCACCUUUCGAUGCCUCUUGGCCGUCCGUCGAUGAAUGGGCUGCCCUGAACAAUUCUAUCGGGGGAAGCCUCAUCCGAUCUACACCCGCUGCAUCUUCCUGCUACCCAGAUAAUCCAUUUGGCUCGUCUUUUAAUUGCACUGCAGUCAAAAGCCACUGGUCGUACGCCGCAAAUCAUUCCGCAUGGCCUGAAAGCAUUGACUACUCUAUCUGGAACAACAAUUCAUGCGUGCCCCCCCGGUGUAUCCGGGUACACAAGGGCUCUGAAGAUCAAAUUGCGAAAGCUAUGGCAUGGGCAUCCGACAGGAAUCUACGUAUCGUCAUAAAAUCCACAGGGCAUGAUCUGAGCGGCCGAUCAACAGGAGCAUAUUCGCUUUCUAUCUGGACCCACAACUUCAAACACACUCAGUACCAGCAAGGGUGGAAUAUCCCUGGAAGUAACGACACGGCAGAUGUGCUUAUCUGUGGCGGUGGAAACAACUGGGGCACUGUAUACACCGCGGCUCACAAAGUGGGUAAGACUGUCGUGGGAGGAGAAGAUGCAACCGUGGGCAUUGGAGGCUUGGUCCUAAACGGUGGUCACGGACUCCUGUCAAGUUCACAUGGCUUGGCAUCUGACAGUGUUUACCAAGUCAAGGUGGUUACUCCAGAUGGGAGAAUCAUAGUGGCGAACGAUGUGCAAAACCAAGAUCUUUUCUGGGCCGUCCGCGGUGCUGGUGGAGGACAAUUUGGUGUCGUGACAGAGUUUGUUCUCCAGACGCACCCCGUCCCGAAAAACGUGGUUACUGGUGGCCUGACUUUCUAUCCACGAAGUAAGUCUACUAUUAGCAAGGACGCGUCAUGGUUUGCAUUUGCUGAGGUAGCGUCUUCGCUCCCGGAUCUGAUGGAUCAAGGUAUCACUGGCACCCUCAUGGCAGUCACAGGAGAAACCGCCGUAAGCUACCUUGGCCUAAGUGAAGCUCUACCGGGGGCCUCGGUGAUGCUCAGUUUCCUUGUCUACAACUCCACGGUGCAAAACAUGAACGGAACUCUCCAAGAGCUAGCCGCAAAUAUCACUCGUGCAAGUCAUAAUCAGGUCAACUUGACUUUGACAUCACCUGAGGCUCAGAGCUACUGGUCGUACACCAAGCCAGACUUCUCAGCUAGUCAGUCUGCAGGUGCGACAAGCUUGCUCUCGAGCAGACUACUAGGAAGGAAUGAGCUGUGCAACCUUCCAAGAUCUGAUCUGGUCAGCUAUCUCCAACAAAUUUCCGCCGCUCAGGUACCGGAAUCGGGAACCUUGCUUGUAUGGGGUCUACAGGGUGGGAAAGGACCAGCCAGCACCACCGAUAUUAGGCGUGGCAGUGUGCUUCCUGCCUGGCGUACGGCAUACGCCCAUGUCAUGUCGUAUGGUGGCACAGUCAACGCUACUGCCGACCCAAGCGAGGCUUUGGCUGUGGGAGCAAAGUGGUACGAGACUGUUAUGGAGCCAGUCUGGCGGGUGUGGGCUCCUCAUACUGGAUCUUACAUGAAUGAAGGUAAUCCAUUCUCCAGUACUUGGAAACACGAUUUCUAUGGCAAAAAUUAUCGGCGACUUCAGGGAGUGAAGCAGAAGUAUGACCCUAGUGAAAGCAUCUUUGUGUGGAGCGGUAUUGGCAGCGACCAUUGGCAGUACGAUCUUCAAAGUGGUCUGUUGUGUCGAGUUCACCCCCAGUAG